UCGGGACCCCCGGGUGGGCGCCCCAGACGCACAGAAGCUGCAGCGUCGGGGCAGCUGGGGGAGGCGUCGUUGGCCACUGGAGCCCCGCCUGCGGCCCGGAGAGCGGGGGUGUCCGACGGGGUGGAAAUCCGGGAUCACGCGCCACGGGGCGUCACUGCCCCUCCCCCGCCCUGCGCGCCCCGGGGUCCCGCGCGGUGGCGUCACAGAGGAGCGGCCCAGCGCCCUUGGCUACCGGCCCUUUGUCCCCUGGGCGCGGCGCUCGGUGGGCACAGGUGCGGCCGGAGACGGGCGGGCAUGGGCCGCGCAGCCGCCCGCUCCCCGGGUCGUCGCAGGCAGCGGCGCCGGUUGCUGGCCGGGCGGCGGCGCCGAGCCCCCCGGAGGCGGAGGGCUCGAGCGUGCUGUCGCAGGAGGGCGCGCCCCCGUCUUCCACCGACUUCCAAGAGCCCUGGACAGGUGGGGCCCGCGGCCGGGGAAAGAGGUUGCGGCAGCGAGUCCCCAGACGCGGUGCGCGCGGGGCCCCCACACCCGCGGGCGGCGUCCCCACCCUGCGCGUCCCGCGACGACUGGCGCAGUGCUCGCUCCAUGCACGAAUUCUCAGCUAAGGACAUCGACGGGCACAUGGUUAACCUGGACAAGUACCGGGGCUACGUGUGCAUCAUCACCAAUGUGGCCUCGCAAUGAGGCAAGACGGAGGUAAACUACACUCAGCUGGUCGACCUGCACGCCCGAUUCGCUGAGCGUGGUUUACGGAUCCUGGCCUUCCCUUGCAACCAGUUCGGGAAGCAGGAGCCAGGGAGUAACGCCGAGAUCAAAGAGUUCGCUGCUGGCCAUAACGUCAAAUUCGACAUGUUCAGCAAGAUCUGUGUGAAUGGGGAUGAUGCCCACCCACUGUGGAAGUGGAUGAAAGUCCAGCCCAAUGGGAGGGGCAUGCUGGGAAAUGCCAUCAAAUGGAACUUCACCAAGUUCCUCAUUGACAAGAACGGCUGUGUGGUGAAGCGGUACGGUCCCAUGGAAGAGCCCCUGGUGAUAGAGAAGGACCUGCCGUGCUACCUCUAGCUCCACAAGUGUGCUCCCCCGACCCGAGCCUGCCGCCUGUGCCCCUCGGAGCCUUCCACCCGGCGUCCAUGAUGGUCUGCCUGAAAACCAGCCCCUGGUGGGGCAGACCCGAGAACCCGGCGUGCACCCUUGCCGGAGGAAGGUUCCUCGG